GCCGUCAAAAUGGCAGUGCAAAUUGGAAAAUUCACUUCGGGUUGAGUGUCGUCAACAAAAAUAUUCGACGGAAAAAGGUGCAAAUCCGCUGGUAAAAUCGCUAUAAAUAUGUGCAAUGUGUUCAGUGGCCUCACGCGAAUAAAAUUCUGCUAAUGUUGGAAAAGCCCGUGCCUGGAACGGGGUACAAUUUGCGAAUGAAAAACACCGCGUCCCUGUCAAAGUCGAGUAGGCGACAAAUUUUGAUUGCCCUGAUGGCUGGUUAAUAAAAAUUCGUAUAAGAAAAAAUAAACGGACAGGAAUACGGAUUUGUUUUGUGGAAACGACGGGACAUUAAUAAUUAGUUCCGAUUACACUGCAAGGCAAGCUUAAUUAGGCUAUACCUGACGAAGCAAGCAUCGGGGACAUUGGAGAUAAGAACGCUAUUCAAUCCGUACCAAUUUGAGGGAAAUCCUUGAAGUUGAAACAGGAGUCACCUAAGCAAUGGAUGACGACAAUGAAUACAAAGAUGGAGACACAGUAUGGGUUAAACUCAGUUAUUGCUGGUGGCCCGGGGAAGUACUCGCUGGUGAACGUCUGACGGAGGAGUUUCUGUCCACGCUCAAACGCCGACCGCUUGUUGUGGUAAAAUUCUUCGAUGAAGAUUCAUACGAAUUUGUAAAAAACACAAAUUUCAUCUAUAAAUAUAACUGUGCCCGAAAACAUGAAUUUCUUCGGAAGGGAUUGGAACAAUAUCGCACCAAGAACAAACAUAUGGAAAAAUUUCCAUCUGACGUUAUGCAUGCCGAGCGAGCGACCGGAGGCGACCCGAAUAUUGUCAAUUCUACCGAUUAUUUGCCUCAGAAACGGGAAAACUAUGCUGCUCUUUUCCAGCCGGACAAAUCUAAGGGAAAAGGAAAAAUUGGUAACACAGUAACGACACCGCGCCCAGGCAAGAAAACCGGAUCACCGAGCAAAAUUAUACCGGUUAUUCCGGUACGUAAGCAUGAAGUUCGUAUUCUGGCCCAGGCUUCAUCAUCCACCGGUAUCGGAACCAGUCGCCGAAGUGUACCGUCCGCUUCGUCAACACCAUCUUUAAGCCAGCCAUCGUCCCUGGCGUCUACUCCAAGACUGCCUACCCCGUACCAGUCUCUUAAUUCAUCUACAGAUCUAGGAACGCCUAUUGGCUCUGCGACGGCGCUGAAUAGUUCUGCUUCACCGGCACAUACCUAUAACUGUCAUAAAUGUGGAUUCUCAAGUGGCCGCCAGAAUGUGAUUUUGGUACAUAUCAAGUACUGUCGGGCUGUUCCGAUGGUACCUUUGAGUGUUCCACCGCCUAGAGCACCGAAAGCCGUUGCUCUCACUCCCGACAAGAAAAUCCAUGAGCAGAGCCCCGUCAAAACGCCAACUCCAGUAGAUGCACAGGAACUUGUUACUGAAGUCGAAAUCAUUCAAGACCCGGAAGAGCUGGUAGAAGUUAUCCAGGUGAUAGAACUUCCACGUGGCCGAACUAGCCGUACUUCUAGGGUGGCUGCAACGACAGUCACCCCGAAAACAUCUGACCGUCGAAGGAAUCGUGGUCGCGGAAAGGCAGUUACUUCAAUGACUCUAGAAAACGAUGGUAAGAUGGACGUUUCAACGGAAGUGGCCGAGGAAUCGAUCGUUGAGGAAGUAUCCAACGUGGAAUUGAAGCAUGUUUCAGUAUCUCCUGGAGACAAAUCCGAGAAAGAUUUUAAAAGCAAACCGGAUGUGGAGCUGAAGAAUGAACUUCUGGCAGAUUGGAGCGAGGAUGAGCAGGAUGACCAAGAAGGCGACUUGUCAAAAGAAGAUAAGAGUUCAAAAAAAGGUACACCUACAUUUGAAGGGAGUCGUUCUGCCAUCGCUGAGGCAGUCGCUCUGAAUUCGAAUACAACGGAUAACAGUUUGGAUAAAUCUACAGAGUCUUCUCCACAACUAUCGUCACCUGUUUCGUCCGGAGCUACAAUCAAAUAUCGCAAUAUUCCGAAGAAACAAAAACGAGAAUUCAUCGAAGUAACAAAUGAUCAACCGGUUAUCACACCCGGAGGCGCGAUCGAAAAGUCCUCCAGUGAGAGUAGUAUCAGCACGGCAGCGACUUGUGGUGAAUCUCUCAGUGCUCCGGACAAAACGCCGACGUCAAGUGAAAGUAUAGCUGUGGAACGUCCCAUCAGUGCUAAGCAAAGAAUUUUAGACCGAGCUACCCGUGGUUCCAGCAAAUCUGUCAGCAGUGAUGAGCUUAAGCCGGAAUCACCAACAAAGGUUGUAGCUAUGGAAUCUCAACCCAUAGCGGCGGAGGAAUCUAGAAAGGAAAUUUCCUGUUUUGAUUUUAAGGAAGAGGAGGAUGAGGAAGUGGUCCUCAGCAAAUCCCCCAGGAGAUCUCUUUCCAACAAGCGUGAUACUUCUCUAGAGCUCAGCACCAGCGUAAUGCUAGAUGACGAGAAGGAAAGAGCAAAAAAGGAUGCCCAAUUGAAAAAUGAAAUUGAUUCGCUUUUGUGUGAAGCCAUUGUUCCUACAUUACCAGAAUUACCGGGGGGCACAAAAAUGCCUUCCCCGGGACCAUCUUCCUCUUCAACGGAAGUAACUCCACAAUCAAAGGAAGAUCGUACUCUUCCACCGAAGGAACGUGGUAAGCGAAUCUUCAAGACACGAAAUAAAAUAAUCGAAAAUGAAGCCAUAGCCUUGGAACAGUCUAAGGCGAUUGUGAUGGAUUUUGUCAAAAAAUCACACGAGCAAGAACUAGCGGAACUCCGCGAGCAGCAGGAAGCUGAAGCGAAACUAACCUCAGAGUCUCCAACCACAACCAACGACGACUCUCAGGAAUCGAUUGUCUCGAUCGAACCAACUAGAUUUGAGAACUCACAGUUUGCAGCUAUCAAAGCCAAACGAGCAAAACUUCAGCAGGCGCAAAAAUUCUCAGUGUCCACACCCACAAAGGUUGACACGCCUCAAGAAUCAGCGGUCAGCUCUAGUAACGAAACAAAAGCCACAGAGACAGACUCUCUACCGGUAUCGAUAAGUAAGAACCAGGUAGCUUUGGAAUCAUUACAAAAGACCCCGAGUGUUUCUCCACCGAUCAGCAAGGGCCGUAAAGGCAAACAACGAAAGUCUGGCACCCCUGUCGUGGAAGAAGAGAAGCCUAUAGAGCAGACGAAGCCAGAGACGGUAUCGCCUCUUGUCGAUGAAGCAACUCCCAAAAUACGAAAGAAGAGAGCUGGAGAGCUGGAAAAUCUCGAUUUGGCGUCUCUCGAUACUCCGCGUUCGCGUAGAGGUAGAGGAGUAAAAACCGAUGAGCCAGUGUUUCUAGCUGAACAGGAACCUGUUGCACUGAAAGAUGAGCCGGUAGUUGCAGUUGCGGCCGAGAAGCACCGAAGAACUAAGCGAGCCAAAACAGACGAAGAAGAGAUUGAUGUGUCAAAGAUGAAAGUCGCCGGCGAACAGCAAACGAUUGAGUCAGCUUGUGCGCCUGAAGAACUAAAAGAAGAAACUAAGACCAGUAGCAGGUCUAGGCGAUCAAAACAGCUGCAACAGCAAUCAGCAGAUUCUACAGCCGAUAUGCCAAUUGAGCCUGAAACAGCCGCUGUUGAGACUGUUGAGAAAGAACCGGAAGCAGAAAUUCUUUCCAUCACCAAACAGCAGCCCAUUAAAAUGAUUAUAAAAUCAAAGGGCAGAAAAUCAAACUCCGAGCUUGUUUAUGAUCCGGUCGUUGUAUCGCCUGAGCCAAACGAUGAGGUUAAGGAUAAAUUGCCAAAGUCUCCGAAAAGUUCGAAGAGGAAAAAGACCCCAGUGGAAGAAGACCAGCCAAUGUCCGAGGUUGUGCUUAACAGUGAUAAACUUGUGGGAACUAAACCGCUGAAAUUGAAACGACCCAAAUUCAGAAAUGAUCUUUCCAUUACCGCAGAUGAGCUCCCCAAAAUGCCUGCGGGUCCCAGUGCAACUGAUCUACAAAUUGCUGAGGCUUUGAUACAUCUUCCCGAAGCUGCUCCACCCAAGCUCAUCGUUCUGGACCAGGAAAUGGCUGAAACGAAAGCCAAUAGUAGUUCUCCGGUACAAUCAACUGCAAAGAGCAUCAACCCUCGGAAACGACAUCUACAGACUCACCUUCUGAGUGCUGUUGAAACGCAAGACCUGUCCAAAACCGGUGAUAAUGUUGGCAUUCCAGAUAAAAAGAAGCGAGAUACAAUCGAAGUAGUCAAUGUUGCUGCCAUCGUUGUUGCCGAACCGGUCGUGGUCAAGCCGAUCAAUGAUAGACAAUCGACAGAUGAUGAUAAAUUCGACAUUGAUAACAUCCCCAUUGUAAUGGAUGACAGUGAGUUGUUAGACGAUACAACCAUUUCAACUACAACCAACGCAAACAGCAUGAAAUUAACGACCCCAGUUGCAGUCGAUAACGAAGACGACGAUGAUAUUAAGUUGAUCUCUACGACGAAGCCCAUGACGAAAAAGAUUGUGAUCGUUAAAAGCAGCAACGGUUCAGCGAAAGUUAUUCCAGCUCGUGAAAAGCCAAGCGAUCUUGUUUCGGCGGUUCCUAGAAAAAGUCACACUAUAAAAUCCACCACCGUUACUAUCAGUCCUCCGGUGGAUCGACUGUCGCCGAAAGCUGUGCGAUCACCUACCCAUUCACCCCCGAUACGAUCAGCUCAGCUAGUCCAAUCUAGCAGUGGAGGCCAGAUUGUGAUUACUAGUAAAGGAACCGUGUUGACCACGCAAUCUCCAGCCACUUCUUCAGCCAAGAGUCAUGCAGCGGUUACACCUCAAACACAGAUCACGCAUUCAACAUCUAAAAGCCCAAUUGUUUCAUCAGUUUGUAGCGUGAGCACCAUCAGUAGCUCAACAUCUAAGUCGCUUCCGGUGUCAUCCAGUUCUGCUAGUCCACGAAGCAGUAGCAAUCUUACGAGUUCUAUAAAAGUGAAAUCCCCUAUCAGAAUCUGUGUGCAAUCCCAAGAAAUCAUUCAUCCACCAACAAAGCCACGGAUUUUGGCUAAAUCUAGUGAUGUUUUGCCAGUUACUCAAAAAGUAGACUUGUCGCAACCGCGGAAAACUUCACCUAGUAUCGCUCCACCAAAGAAAGCACUGAUUAAGAAGCUCUCAGAGGGUGGUUCGUCCGUUGGUAAACCACUGUUUUCAACUUCCAAAGGGGCACCUAUAACACCCCAAACAGCAACUACCUCGGCUGUGAGUCCCGGGAAGAAGGGUCAUCGAGUGAUUAAGAUAUCUCCCCAGAAACUGAAAGAGUUCACGCGUCUUGGGAUGGUUGAAGAUAAGGGCCAAGGCAAAGUACUGACAGCAAGCGGUAUGAAAAAAUUCCGACAAGAGCAGCACCUGCUUCAACAACAGCAGCAGCAACAACAACAUCAGUCGAUAUCUAAAUCAGUUAAAACGGACAAAGUUUCUCGAGCAGAUUCGAUCGAUGAGGAACCAUCAACAUCCACCCCGACACCUCCCCCACCAAGUGACAACCAAGCGGAAGUGGUUGUUGCAGCAGCAGCAGAUUCAUCAGUAAAAGAAAUUCCUACGAUACAAUCGGAAACCGAAGAAUCCCCCGAAGUGACGCCUGCUGAAUCGUGCACACAAUCACCAGCGAAACCAGCAUCUCCCACAGCCGAAGCAACUUCCGAACCAGUAUCCACUGAAGAAAACGAAGCCGACGCUGCCGUUAUCGAUGAACCAGAACCAGACAGUGAAUAUGUAGAUACAGCUACGGGAGAACUAGCUCCCGCAGAAAUAGAAACGUCGGAAGCAAGUGAAUCCAUCCCAGCAACUGCGGUUGCAACGGAAGCACCAGUUGAGGCGGCAGAAUCCGGUUCCAAUGUACAAGAAUCAUCCCAACUGAUAGCCGUCCCGGCCGAAAACUUUGGAGGCCCUGCCAAUCUUUUCUAUCUGUGUUCGGUUCGAGAAGAAGGCUUCGUCCCCGUCAAUAACGAGCUGCUGUAUUUGGAUUCCUCCAAUCAAUUGGUCGCUCUACCGGAGCAAGCCUCGGUGGAGGAUAUUGUCAAUCAAGCCGAGGUGCUAGAGAUUCCAGUCGGCAGCGAUCAGGCAACGAUGGUGGCAGCCGCUGCAGGUGAUAUUGAAGGCGCGAUGGAAGGCCAACAGAAUAUCCUCCUCAACACCCAGGAUGGGCAACAAAUCAUUUUAGAUCAGCAAAGUCUGAUGGCACUGGCAGCCGGUGGGGAUACCUCACAGCUGCUCACUCCCGAUGGUCAACAGAUUCUAUUGCAAGGUUCGGCUCAAGAGCUGCUGGCAGCACUUGCAGUUAGUCAACCAGGCCUGGGAAUCGUGGCCGCCGAGGGCACUCAGAUUAUUGUGGCACCAGAAUCGUUGAUCGAUCUGCAAGAUACACCACUACCAGGGGAAAUAAUCCAGGUCAACCCGAACACUACCGUCGAAACAAAUGCAGUCCUCACGAAGCCACCGAUCAUGUCGACCGUUGAGGUUCCUACUAAGAACGGCGGCAGCGGAGAAUCGUCCUCCCAUUCGCCAGAGCAGAAGGUGCUGGAAACUGUUUCGACGAAUCUAGACGAAAGUCUUGCCGCUGUGAUUGGCGUCUCGACAAAUUCUCACGUGCCCACCUCACUAGAACUACCAAUCACUGUAACAAAUCCGGUCAUUGCCAAAACGACGACCAGCAAAAUCAAUCCGAUUUUCCCUCCGACUACGGCAAUUUCUGCGAUUGGAAUAGAUCCUGCAGCGAUGGCAGCGGCGGUGAUUGAACUCCCAACGGUAGCACAAACAGGUACAGAUAGCUCACACGUUGAUACACUCGAGAAUAGAUCUUAUAGCGAUGUAAAGAUUGACCUAGAUCGGCUGUCAAUCAGGACGGGUCAAUCCGAACAGCUGGUAGAGACUAAUGGUAAAACUACAGACGAAGACGAUGAUGAGAAUCGUGAAGUCGAUAACGAGAACGAUCUUGACGAGAUCAUUCCUAAUACUCCGGAAUCUCAAAUGAACAGUCACGCUGAGAUAUCGUCUCAAUUUAGUGAUGACGAGUCCGAGGCACCGGUGCCAAUUCCAACCGUUGCCGAAGACGAUGAGGAUGAUAACGUCUCUAAUUGUAGUGAAAUCAUUCCCAUACAACCGAAUGUUGUAAUUUUGAGGAAUGUUAAUAAUGAACUGAUCAACAAUAACGAUAACAGUAGUGAUAUGGAAAUAGAACACACUAAUCCCACUUCAGGGGAUGAGGAGAAUAAUCCUGUUCAAACAUCGAAUCCAGAAGUCGCUGUAUUCGAUGGCACUAACAGCAGUGCCGUAGUCGAGAGAUAAUAUCUGGCAGGCAGCAGUGGAACGUUUCUAGAUUUCACCUCAUUAGCACAGGCUGAGUUGGUUAGCGUAAGUCACUAUGCUGUCCCGUCAGUAGAGCUGCCAUUUUUGCCAAUACCAAUCACCUCUGGCCAAGGUCGACAACAACGACCAAAGAUGGCACCACCAGCUAGUUGGGUUGGCAGUACUCCUUCCACGCAUUCAUUCUCAUCUUCAUCAACUUUUUUGUCCGAACGUUGUGUCACCACAACCACGACUACCACCACCUCCACCAAUAACAACGGUAGCAGCAACAAUACCAUUUUCUUGUCAUCACCAGAGCAUCCGUUCUUCUAAAAUGCGUCAUCGCCGAGCAUUUUCUAUAGAGCACCUUACACCCAUCAAAUCAAUUUGGGAUUAAACUGCACGUUACAUGGAAAUCGAAGAUGAGUUGCUGUUCGUGCUCCCGUGAUAGCGUCGGGAAAAACUUGUACAUACUGAAGAAGGCAUUAUCGAUAAGGAAACUUAGUUUUGUUAGUUGAUAUUAUCACUAUGAAUGCUUAUCUUUUUUGUUGAUGCUGGUCCCCUAUUCUUCCUUUUUAUCCAUUUUGUGUUACUAGUAUGCGUGUGUUCAUAUUUUUCGUUGCACUCUACAUACUAUGUACUUUCGUGAACUUCCUACGGCUUGUAUAGAAACUUUAGCAGCGUAUGAGUUUUAUCUUAUCAAUUGUGCGAAUUAAACUGUAUGCUUCUUAAAAUGCAAAACGAUUAUUCAUUAAAGUGCUGGAAUGGACUGCAUAAUUUCGCAACUCGGAAACAAUAAAACAGACACGUAAGAAAAUCAACGGUUCUGAAUCAAUUUAGAUUUGUGGCGAAGUUUUACCAGUUGUUGAAAUUUAAAAUUCACAAAAAUAGGAUAUAAGACAAUUGUAAAAUAAGUUUCUAAACUAUACUGUGUAAGCAGCGAGAGAUUGAAAAUCUCUUCUAAUAUGUAUUAUGUGUAUUUCUCACCCCCAUCUCGACCUGGAGAGGGGCAGACAUUUAAUAUCGUUUUUAGUGGGACGCUUCGCUCCGCAGAGAAGAAAUGUUGGCUUGCAAGCAUAGAUUAAAUAAUGGUAUAUAGUUAUACUUUCCAAACCGUACAUAAAGAAAUUAUUCGUAAAAACUCAUACUACUGUAGCGCGUUCAGACGUUGACAAGUCUUCGAAGCCUCAUCAGACGGAUAUCUUGUGUAAGAUAUCUAUACGGUGGCAUUAGUUUGGAGUGAAGCUAGUGACUUCCAGCGAUGCUUUGUUCGGAAGCGUUUUCGAAACGCCAGCUCGACGAAUAGAAAUGGAGUGAUGUUUUUGUCGCGUCUACUAUCGUAACGAUACAUACAAACACUACACUUACUAUUACUGAUAUGUAUUUAUAAGUAAAUUGUAAUAGUGAUUGCAAAGUAAUAAAUGUUUAGCGAAUACAUUAUGAAAUCAAA